AUGAAUAGACAAGAAAUAGAAGCUAUGCUGGAAUCAAAUUCGGACUCAUAUUCGGAAGAUUACGACGAUACUGACGCUGAUCCAAACUGGUCCUCGGAAAGUGAACCGGACGAAAAUAUUUACGAACGUGAAUUAUUGGAUAAUUGUAACGUAACUACUAAUACGAUUGUUAAUAAUUGGAAUAACGAUUUUUCUAAUGGACAGCUAAAUAGUCAUAUAAUUUUUAAUCCUGAUGUAAAUACUACUGGAAUAAAUCCAGAUAUAAUUGAAACUAUGUCUGAUGCCAGUCCUAUCGACUUUUUUUAUCUUUUUUUUGACAAAGAAAUUAUUGACAUGUUAGUGGUUGAAACAAACAGGUAUGCUAAUGCUAAAAAAAACACAGCAGGCUUAUCUCGACAUGCUAGAAUUAGAAAAUGGGUCGACACAAAUGAGCAGGAAAUUAAACUCUUUUUUGGUAUUGCUAUGUGGAUGGGCAUGAUGAAACUGCCAUCAAUUGCUCACUAUUGGAAAAAUUCUAAAUUAUAUUCUUGCAAUAUUCCAAAAUUUAUGUCUCGAAACAGGUUUGAAAUUAUUUUGAGUAUGUUACACAUUUCUGAUAAUGACAAAGCUCCUACUAAUGAUAGAUUAUACAAAAUCCAAAUAUUGAUUGAUUUACUCGUCGAAAAGUUCAAUAGUGCAGUAAUUCCUGAAGAGUCAGUUUGUAUCGACGAGUCUAUGGUCCCUUAUUUGGGUCGAUUAUCGUUUCGGCAGUAUAUUUCUAAUAAACGUCAUCGUUAUGGAGUCAAAAUCUUUAAGCUGUGUACACGGGACUUUUAUACGUCAAAAUAUAAAAUAUAUGCAGGAAAAGAAGCGACAUUGGGUGAUUCAGUUUCAUGUAAAAAAACACACUUAGUAGGAACUCUUAGAUCAAAUAGAAAAAGAAAUCCUAAAGAUGUAACACAAAAAAAACUUAACUGGGGUGAAAUAUUUGCAAAAAAGAGUGAUCGCGAAAUUAUGGUACUAAAAUGGAGAGACCGUAGAGAUGUUCUUAUGAUAAGUACAAAACAUUCAAACACGAUGGAAGAAGUCAUGGCUAAAAGAGGAAUUAAAAUAAAACCAAAAGUUGUUAUCGACUAUAACCGUGGUAAGGGAUACAUCGAUUUAACUGACCAAAUGGGAUCUUAUAGUAGCUGUCUAAGAAGAGGCGUGAAGUGGUACCGUAAAGUUGCUAUGGAUAUUAUUUGCAACACAUCAUUAUUGAAUGCUUUUAGUAUUUAUAAAGGAGUCACUGGAAAUUCUAAGACAAUUACCCAGUUCAAAGACGACAUUAUUAAUGGAUUAAUUCAGCAAUCAAACAGUGUUCCAGAAGUUCCAGAAGUUCCAGAAUUAUAUGAUGAACAUAAGAACGCAGAUAGCAAGAAAGAAAACUUCUCGCGUAUCAACGAUUUGUCCUAA